UGAUUGGUCGGUUUCCCAGUGUUGUCGUGCUGACGUCACAGAGCACGUUGCCCGUGGAAGUUGCUAGAUCUUCCAGCGAAAGAGGCGAUACGAGCAAGAGGACGCAAACGUGACAGGUUACAUAAACGACCACACGGCUCCACCAAUCAGCGCUGCAGCUGGGCGUCGGAGAAGAAAGAACAGCUGGGGUGUGUUUUUUUUUUCGGCUUCCAGCGGUUUGCUGCAUUCUGCUGAACAAAGCGACAAUUUAACGGAGUCAAAUUGUUUGGUUUGGCGUGGCUCAAAACGGCGUCGAGCUAAGGACGACAAAAAGUUUGAGAUAAGGAGAGAACGGGGCAAAGAACCACAGACGCACCCUGACCAUGGCUGCAGUGCACUGCCCAGAGCGCACCCUCAGAGACUCCCUCCACUGGGACGAAACGGAGUGCCUGAACUAUUACGGGAUGCUCUCUCUCCACGAGAUGUUCGAAGUCGUCGGCUCUCAGCUAACAGAAGUCGACGUUGAAGUUCUGUCCUUCCUUUUGAAUGAGACCUACCCGGGAUCACACCCUCUAGACCCAGCAGGCUGGACGGUCGAACCCGCUGAAGACGAUCCGGAGGACUCGGGUGUAGCUCCAAGUCCACAGCUGCUGAGAGCUUGGAGGCGGUUAAAGCCCAGCGGCGCAGAGGCGCCUUUAGUGGACUCAAAGUCUAAAAGUGGUCUGGAGCUGUUGCUCGAGCUGGAGAGGAGAGGAUACGUUAGUGACGGCAACUUGGAGCCACUGCUGCAACUUUUAAGAGUGCUAACCCGUCAUGAUCUGCUGCCAUUUGUGUCCACCAAGAGGAGGAGGACAGUGUCUCCAGAGAGAAUUGCACAGAGGUUUGAAUUAGAUAAAACAGAGCUGGUGUUUGGAUUACAGCAAAGCUGCCAACAGACAGAUAUGCCACUUCCUUCCUUCACGCAACAGCUAACAACUGAUAUUUACCCUCCUGCAGCUGGGUCAUCAACAAGGGCGCGGAGGAGGAAGAGAGGACAUGGCUGGAGCCGUAGGCCCAAGAAAACCAGCAGGCCGGUCCAGCCUCUGCCUCUCCCGUCACCACCUCAGAAAGUAUCAUGCGAUAUCCGCCUACGCGUACGGGCUGAGUACCUGGAGCACGAGUCGGCACUCCGCGAGGGCGUCUCGUCAGACAAGCGUCAGCCGCUGGAGCGCCAGUUCGAGUUGUUCAGCCGGGCCAGCUCGCUGCUGCGCGCCAGAGACCUGGGCUCCAUCGUCUGCGACAUCAAGUUCACAGAGCUGGACAACCUGGAGGCCUUCUGGGCCGACUACCUGAGCGGGGCGCUGCUGGAGGCCCUCAAGGGGGUCUUCAUCACGGACUCCCUGAGGACGGCCGCGGGCUCGGAGGGCGUCCGCCUCCUGAUCAGCGUGGACCAGGAUGACUACGAGGAGGGCCGCAAGCUGCUGAGGGCCAGGAAAGUCAUGACUUCCUGUAACGCUGGGCGAACACAGACUUGCUAGACCUUGUCAUCCUGCAAGACUUUCUUUUGUUGUUGUAUUAAAUGAAGUCUGAAGGACAGAAUAGCUGGGACUAUAAUUGAAGGUUCAUUUUUUUUUUCAGGUGGAAAUUGGAAGCACUUUUAAGGCCUUUUUUUUUUUUUUUUUUUUGCAAUUGAUGUGACGACCACUAGAUGGCAGAAGUAACCGUAGGCCGUUUUGGUUCAUGACAUGCCUUUCAGUUUUCAGAACAGUCCAAUUUGGAGCGUCAGCAUUAUAAAUGAAAGACGAAUAAUUAUGGCUCAAUUAUGGUGCGUCAUAUUUGGAUUUAUGUACAGGUGCUACACGUUGAACCGAAGCAGGAAACCGGAUCAGAGGAGAAGUUCCUCCACUGACACCGUGGCAAUGAACAAGCCUAGGCCUCCUGAUCGAGCGGUGACGCUGUCACCAUGUCUUAGUAGAUUUAUUUAGGUGAGAAACUAAUUUAAAAAAACAAGGCCGACUGAAUUGAGGUUUAAAAAAAAAAAAGCGCAGACUUAAGUGACCUGCUGUUUCGAUGUCCAAACAUUUUAUUUUCUUAUUCUAUGCAUCGGACUUACUUGGUUUUGAACCAACUUGUCUUAAACUCCGCCACUAAAACUAUAAAAAAAAAACUAAUUAUUUUAAUUUUAUUUUGGGGGAAAUAAGGAACUGGGCAAUUACCAUAUUUUACUGUGCUACAGUCAUAAAACUACAUUUCUGAAAAGUUAAAUACAGCCAAGUAGGAAGAAUUGACUUGUGGGUCGAACUUCAGAAAAGCCCGGCUGACCCAGGAGAGGCCAGAUAACGGCGGGAUUCUCUGCCCCGUGCGCCACGAUAACCCACCGUGUGAUUGCCACGGUCGGUGGAUACUUUAGUCAUCAGUAGAUGACAGCGGUGAUUAGGAGCGGGUCUCAGCAGACCAUGGAAGAUUCAUCAUCACAAGCUUGUCAGGAGCAGCCCUGAUAAUGUAAUGGCGGCUUGUGCCUGGACUCCCUGCUAGGCCUCGGCAAGUGCUUCUCUCAGCAAGUAAAGCACAGGACAGUGCGCCGGUCAAUAGAAGCGAUGUCGGAGAGAUCAAAAUCAAAAGUGCACAUCCCAGCUCCACUCAGCCCUGCGAUGUAGGCCCAGUAGAGUGGCUCACGGACAGCUGUCUACUCACCCUGCUGGAACUAAUGCCUGGACUUCACUCAUAGAAGACGAUCAAUAAGGCCUCUCACUCUUUAAGUCCCUUCAUACUGGCACGACUUAAGCAGGCAGACACGGUCUGAAGUACAAGUCUGCGCGGGGCCGAGCGGAGACCAAUGAGAGGACCGUGAACGGAUUUCCAUGUUUACUUUGUGUGUUUUUUGGUAGAGGACUUAAUGUAUGUUUGUAUUGUUCACUAAUUCAGGGGAACAUUUCUUUCUUUUCAAGGGUAAUUUUCUCUUUUUUUGUGGAAAUCUUUAUAUAUUAGAAGUUAUUUCUGGUGAAAAAUAAAAAAGUUUUGAUGGCUUCAUCA